AGAUGAUAAUUACACGAGAAGAUCUUCGCCCGAAUGAUCCCAACUGUAACUUACAGUCCUGAUUUGAGAACACAGACAAUCCCACCCCCGCUUUGUGAAUGGGCAUAUCAUCAUCUGUUUGACUACUCCACCUCUCUCUGCCCCCUUUCCUCUCUCUCUCUCUCCAUUAUACUAUAUAUCCCCACACAUACGACCGACUGAAAUUUAACCAAAACCAUCUGGGAACCCAAGCCAUGGCCGUCGAGCUAAUGACUAAUAGCUACAGAGACGGCAGCUUCGGGGCCAACACGGAAGAGAUUGCGGCCAAGGAGGCCGCCGUCGCCGGCUUCCAAAGCGUCGAGAAACUCAUACGAAUCCUCUCCCACCAAACCAACAACCACCACCAGCAGAAAACCGCAACAGAUCCCGACAUCGAUUACAGGGCCGUCGCCGACGUCGCCGUCAACAAGUUUAAGAAAUUCAUCUCCCUCCUCGACCGGUCGCGGACCGGCCACGCCCGGUUCCGACGCGGCCCCAUGACUGUGACUCCGCAGAAAGCCGUCGAAUUAGACAAAGCCGUUCGACCGGCGGAGGAUAAACCGGUUCCUAGGGUUUACUGUCCGGUUCCAGUUCAGCGCUUGCCACCGCUUCCUCAGAACAUCCAUACUUAUAAGAACGGGUCUGUUGUUGAGAGGAAGGAGUCAACGGGGACGACGACUAUCAAUUUCGCGGCGGCGACACCGGCGAUGUCGUCGGCGAAUUCGUUCAAGUCGUCGCUGACGGGGGACACGGACAGCUUCCAGCCGUCGAUGUCGUCGGCGUUCCAGCUGACGAAUAUGUCGGGGGUGUCGUCGGCGGGGAGGCCGCCGCUGUCGUCGUCGUUGAAGAGGAAGUGCAGCUCGGUGGACGAUUUGGCGAACAAGUGCGGUGGGUCCUCUGGACGAUGCCAUUGCUCUAAGAAAAGGAAAUCGAGGCUGAAGAGGGUAGUUAGAGUCCCGGCGGUAAGCAUGAAGAUGGCCGACAUACCACCGGACGAUUACACCUGGAGAAAAUACGGUCAGAAGCCAAUCAAAGGCUCUCCACAUCCAAGGGGCUACUACAAGUGCAGCAGCGUGAGGGGUUGCCCGGCGCGCAAGCACGUGGAGAGGGCGCUGGACGAUCCGGCGAUGCUGAUCGUCACCUACGAGGGAGAUCACAACCACACCCUGUCCGUCACGCAGGCGACCGCGGCCCUCGUCCUCGAAUCAUCUUAACCGUGUGUUUUCCCACCUUCAUCGCGAUCAUCAAAUCAUCCGACGGUUGGAAAUCGAGAUCGGAAAAAGCUGAAAAGAAACAGCCGUAUGCGAUAGGAAAAGGAAAAGGGAAGGAGAAUAUGGACGGUCUAGUGGUCAACGCUGCGGCUUGGGCUCUGUCUCCCAGGAAAUUAUUGGGUGGUGCGUCAGCUGGCCUCGAACAAUCACCGAGAGUGGGGUCCAUUUGUUUCUCUCUUUCUUUCUUUCUUUUUUUGCUUUCUCUCUCCUCACUCUCUCUCUCUCUCUCUCUCUCUCUCUUACCCGCUGAAAAACUUUUGUUUAUUCGGUUUAUAUAUAUAAAAAAAGAAUUUGUUUUUGGUUGA